AUGAAUGCCACGGAACAACUUGUCCUAGAGGAGCUAAGGGCAAUGAAAGAAUUCCUAUUUGCCAUGGGUCUGAGCAACCCCGUGUGGGUCCUCCCGGUGCCGCUGGUCUGCGGUCUCUUCGCCUCGCAGAUUCUAUGGGCAGUCUACGUUCUGUGGCUAGAGCGGCCCAUUGUUGUGAAUCGAAGGCACAUGAAGGAAGAUGAUGAGGAGGCCGAGGUUAGGGGUGGUGCAGGGGAAACAAAGAGGGAGGAUGCAAAAGGUGGUGAACCGGGAACUCUCAGGACUAAGGAGAGGGAAGAAUUGAAAGAGGAUAGAAAGCAUGAGAGCGAUAAUGAACAGAAGGUUUUGCCUACUCCGCUACGCUACGAGGUGCAGCCCUCAGUGGUUGUGGUCUCGAAUUUCCCUCUUCCCCUGACGGACGCUCAUUCCAGUUAUUUAAAUUCCUCGGUCAGCGAGCCUAUGGAGCAGAGGAAAUGCGAACAAAAUCGUGUCAGCUUUGCCACUGCUAAUAAUAAAAAAGAGCAAAAAAUCGAAAAGGUCUGA